CUCUACGGGAGGCACUGGUGCCCCUGGUCCCUGACCACAAGUGCCACAGCCCUGAGGUCCAUGGUGCCGACAUCAGCCCCAACAUGCUCUGCGCCGGCUACUUCGACUGCAAGGCCGACGCUUGCCAGAUUGCCUGCUCAUGCUGGCCUACAAGGACAAGUCCGACCGUGCCAAGGGCCUCCGGGAGCGCAGCAGCCUGACCCUGGAGGACAUCUGUGGCCUGGAGCCUGGCCUUCCCUAUGAGGGUCUAGUCCACACGCUGGCCAUCGUCUGCCUGUCCCAGGCUGUCAUGCUGGGCUUUGACAGCCGCCAGGCCAUGUGCGCCUGGGAUGCCCGCAUCCGCUAUGCGCUUGGUGAGGUGCACAGGUUCCAUGUGACAGUGGCUCCCGGCACCAAGCUGGAGAGCGGCCCGGCCACCCUCCACCUCUGCAAUGACGUCCUGGUCCUGGCCAGGGACAUCCCUCCGGCCGUCGUGGGGCAGUGGAAGCUGCCUGACCUCCGGCGCUACGGGGCUGUGCCGAGUGGAUUCAUCUUCGAAGGCGGGACCAGGUGUGGCUACUGGGCAGGGGUCUUCUUCUUGUCCUCCGCCGAGGGAGAGCAGAUCAGCUUCCUGUUCGACUGCAUCGUCAGAGGCAUCUCCCCCACCAAGGGCCCCUUCGGGCUGCGGCCAGCCCUCCCAGACCCGGGCCCCGGGGGCUCCUCAACCUUGGAGGAGCGAGCGGCCCAAGAAGCCCUUGAGGCCCUGCAGCUGGAGAAGCUGGAGAAGCGGCUGAGCAUGCUCUCGCACUCCGGCCGGCCGGGCAGCGGAGGGGACGACCGCAGCCUAUCCAGCUCCUCCUCCGAGGCCAGCCACUCAGACACCAGCGCCAGCAGCAGGCUCACCCCGUGGCCGGAGCAGUCCUCGUCCUUGGCAGGCUCCGCACAGGAGGGGCCGGGGCUGGCGGCUGCCCAGGCCCCCGGGGAGGCCACGCUGGGUGCCUCAAGGCUGCCCCCGAAACCGUUGCGGCCGCGGCAGCUGCAGGAAGUUGGCCGCCAGAGCUCCUCGGACAGCGGCAUCGCCACGGGCAGCCACUCCUCCUACUCGGGCAGCUUCUCGUCCUACGCGGACAGCAGCCUGGACGUGUGGCGGGCGGGCGGCGAGGAGUGCGGCUCGCGGCUCAGCCUGCCGCCAGCCGCAGGGGCUCCUGAGCCCAGCCUGUGUGCCUGCCCGCCCGGGGUGGCGGAGUACCAGGUGCCCAGCUCUCUGCGGCACCACUAUGACACGCCCCGCAGUCUGCGCCAGGCCCCCCGGGACCCGAGCGCAGCCUCCCAGGGUGGCCCUGACCACGGCGCGACCACGGACUCAGGCAGUCAGGAGUUGGCCGGGUGUCCUUCUGGCUGGCUGGUCACAAGACGGCGGGGACAGGCGACAGAGGCCCCAGGCAGUGAGGCCACACUGCCCAGCCCAGCCCCCGGCGAGCCCUGGGAAGCAGGCGGGCCCCACCCCGGGCCACCUCCAGCUUUCUUUUCGGCAUGUCCAGUCUGUGGAGGACUCAAGGGAGCGGCUGCCUCAACCCCUGGACCCACGAUGACCCAUCCAGGACCCCCAGGGCCUGCGGCUGCCGAGAGCCCGGGGCUGGAGAGGCGGCGCAGCAGCACACCCACCUACGUGAACCUCCCCGUCAGCCCCUCCUCCAGACAGCGGCUGCACUACCUGGGCCUGGAGCUGCAGGAGGCCGGCCUGGGCGUCCGAGGGGCCGGCCCCGCCCACUACGCCCAGAUCGACAUUGCAGCCACAGAGACGGCGCACCGGGUGGGGGCCCAGCACGCGCAGGCCCGGGAGGAGCGGCUGUCUGAGCUGGAGCAGCGGAGGAAGGGGGCCCAGCAGUGAUGCCCAGACCUGGACAGCUGAACGUCUGGCCCAGCCAGGUGGGCCGUGCGCUCUGUGGGAAGCCCUCGUUGUGAGGGGCCCAGGCCUCUGUGGGCUGGGUUGAGGCCGACUCCUGGCCUCCCAGCUGCAGGGGAGGGCACGACUGGUCUCGUGCCCAGACCCAGCUGGAAGACCUGGGCCCGCGCUGGUUCAUUCCAAUCCUCCCUCUGGCCAGGUCUCCCUCCUCACUGGCGUCCAGGGCUGACCCUUCUCUUAGCCUGACGCGUCCCUCUGGACCACAGGCUGCUGAGGCUGCUCAGGCCCCUGACAGCACCUCUAGCACCUGGGGCUGGAGUUGCCAGGGGAGUUUGAGAGUAGCUUCCACAGCCUGGGAUGACAGGUGACAGCCGCGUCCCAGGAAAAGGCAUGUCCCUAGACAGGGCAGACAGCUCCUGAGGCUGCUAACCCAGGCUCCCUGUAGUGUGGUCUUUGAGCCACCCCAGGGGUCCCACCUGCUGGGCCAUAUGCCCUGUGCCCUGGGAUGGAGGCACAGCAAGAACAGGAGGGCUGUCCCACUGGUCAGUGCCAGUGGGACUCCUACCUGUGUAGGACUGACCGACCUCAGGGCUCCUCGGUGUCAUAUGAAGUUCCACACUCUCCUGUUGUUUCUUUAUUUCUGGUACCAGGGAUUGAACCCAGGGGCACUCAACCACGGAACCACAUCCCCAGCCCUAUUUUGCAUUUUAUUUAGAGACAGGGUCUCUCUCGAUCCUCCUGCCUCAGCCUUCCGAGCUGCUGGGAUUAUGUGCUCCCUACGCCGGGUCCUGUUCUAUUUUUAACAUGUGUAAUUCCCUGAAGGUGGGUUCAUGUGUGCCUUCUGCCUUUGGGCUGGGGGUUCUGGGGUAGGGGUGGAGGGAACUGUCUCCCCUUAGUGGAGCUGAGUUGGGGUCUCCUCGUGGGAACUUCUUCCAGAUGCGCCCAUGGCCUUGGGGGAGUCUGGCAAUUCCGUGAUUCAGACACUGGCAGCAAGUUUCCACGUGUGGACUUGUGAGCCCCCAGCCCACAGUGCUGGUGCUGUGGGUGAGGGGCUCCCCUAGGACAGCCACAGCCAGUCUUGGUCCCAUUUCUUCUUCUGACCCUCCCUUCCCCACCCAGGAGGCCCCAGUGGUCCUAUGGGGAUCAAAAGCAGCUGGUGCUCCUCCUCUCCUCCCUCCCUGCUCUGCCAGCCCCACACGUCCCGAGCAGACGAGGGCUGAGCAGGUGGGGCUAUAGAAGCCAAGGUCGGGGAAGCAGCUCAACUGUGGUCAGCUGGAGGGGGGCCCUGGUGGGGACAGGCGCCCGGCCUAGAAGAUCCCCUUUGCCCCUGCCCAGAUCUUCUUACAAGAUGAGCGUGGCCAUCUUGUCCACUGGGGGCCCAGUGCGGACCCUCUGCCUGUCUGGGGCCUCCCACUACCGUGUGCAGGGCCGCCUCCUGGUCCACAGCACCGUCACCUCCAUCCACGGCCUUUUAGAGUUGCUGCUGGGAAUUCCAUCAAGGACCCCUUCCCAGGCUCAAGACAAAGGCCAGGGUCCUAGGAUCUCCAUGGUCACCUGAGAGCCCUGGCGCCACCUCCUGGCUGCAAGAGCUCUGCAGAGAGGACCCUGAGGUCAGGCUCCAGACCCCACCCAGCUCUAGAGGAAGGUCAGGCAUUUGGCCAUAUGGCUCUGGCCGCCAAUGGCCAUCCUGGCUGGCAGGGUCCCCAGCACUCCCUAAGGCUGCCUGAACUAGAGGUCACCCUCCCUCACAGAGCUCGGCCUCACAGGAGCCCUCCUGCAGACCCAUGUGUGCCUAGCCCCUCCCUGUGGCACCUUGGUCAGGCCAGGCCUAGCUGAACCCCUGCCCUCUGGCCCCCUGCUGGCCGCCCAGCUGCACAUCACACUCCCAGGCAGAGGGGAGACAGCCACAUCACAGACACCCAGGCCUGGGUAGAGCCGCUCAUACCCAUGACCCCUUGGGCAGCACAGAAAUUGGCAUCCUGCCACUUUAUAAGGAGGCAUCUGAGGCUCUGGCCAGCCAAGGCCAUAGGGCUGUGGACCCAGGUGGGCCUGAGCUGGCAUGCGUUGCCUACAGGAGAGGCCAGGAGGGCCUGCCGGAGCAGGGAUGAAGGACCCUGGCAGGGGACGGGGCCACAGCUAUUUGGGGAGCAGGCUGCUGGGGGUGGGGGGUGGGAAGGAGGUUCACCUGACAAACGUGAGCAAUAGAGUUGGGUCUAAAGAACAUGCUCAGAGCCCCACGAACUGGUGGGAGUGGGAGGGGCUGUGUCCUAGCCCCGUCAGUGGUGACCGCCAGCUACACCCAUGCCAGCUGCAGGGCAGCUCAUUCCCAUGCCGCUCUGGGUAACCACUGUCUCACGUGGAUUGAAGACCCACGAUGAGGGUGUCUAAGAGCAGGCCUGUGGCCUGUCCUCUAUGCGGGCUCAGGUGCAACCGUGGCCUAGACACUCAGGUGCUCUGUGUUGCAGACAAGGCAGCUGAGUGGAACCUCCUUGCGGCUGCCCCAUGUGGGCAGGCAGCUCACCCCGCAGGGCCAGGUGGGCGCGCGAGGGAUCUGCCAGGCUGGGAAGAUUGACAUCUUUGACUUUCCUAGAUUUUUGCCAGAUUUUGUUCUCCUAGCUGACUAUAAAGGUGGACAGCACCAGAGCAUGGGAGAUUCCCAAAGACUAGGUCCACGUAAGCUCUGCCAUCAGGGCCAAGGUGACCUCCACGUCCUCAUGGCCAGCGCCAGAGAGGCGGGGCACAUUUGCAGAGGCUGGAGCUGAAGGAGCACUCCCUGGCCGGGAUGUCCUCUCCCUUGCCUCGUGCCCUCUUGCACAGGCUGUGGACCAAGGGACAACCUGAGCUGGCCCGUGGCCAUGCUGUGAUCCAGCAGCUCGAGAAGCAGAGACAGGAGGAUCUCAAGUUUGAGGCCAACCUGGGCAGCUUUGAGACCCUGAUUCAAAAAAUAGGUGUAGUCCAGUGGUAGAGCACCCUGGGUUUCAAUCCCCAGGCCCCAAAACAAAAUUAAAAGCCAACCAAACAAAACCCCACUGAUGGUGAUUUGUUACCGCGCGCUUUGGCCCCGGACUCACCCCGGUGCCUUACCACCGAGACACCUUCCCAGCACCGUUCCUUUUCCGGGCCACAGGCAUGGCCACCACGCCUGCUCGUGUCUUGUAAUUGGGUAUUUUUCUCAUGAACCGAAGAGUCAGCAGUCCCCGCUCCCACGUCCAGCGGCUUCACAAUUCCCUGGCAUUUGCAUCUGUCACUAUAAAAACAUGUCCAAGCUACGGCCAGCGGGAGCCCUGGCCUAGUGCUGUGGGCCUCCCUGUGGUGGCGCCCUGCUGUGUGCUCGCUGUGACUCAGGCAGGUGCUGUGCCCCUCUGCUGCUCAGCAUGUUCCCCUGAGAGCGGUUCCCACACACUCACGCUGACGCUCGCUGCCCUCUCAUGGUGUGGCCCCCCAAGGUGGUCUGCACAACCUGCUCUGCGACUCUUCUGUCCAGUCUCCUGGGCGCCAUCUGCACUGCUGCUCUAGGCCCUGGAGGCCCAUGACCCCUCUCCUGGGUGGACUUCCUUUUAGUGGGUCCCCAAUACUUGUCUUUCAGGGAGCACUUCCCGAGCAGCGAACCAAGACAUGGUACGUAGGUCAGUCUGAGAUUGCUUGGAAAUACAAUCUGACUCCUUCCACCCUUAACUGCUGGCCGGGGCACCAUUCUGGGCUGCAGUUUGUCCUUGAACCCCUGGGACCACUGUGAGGACGAGUGCCGUCCUGACAGCUGGCCUGGAGCUCUCCCCUCCUGUUAUUUGGGAACGGUCUUCGCCUCCACGGCUCUCAAACCCUCAGCUGCGAGUUCAUGCUACCCGGGACCUUGCAUUCUGGAGACUUGUUUCCAUGGUGGCCUGUCAGUCCGACUUCCACCCUCUGGAAUCCACUGUGCAGGCCCCGGGGUCCCUGGCUGCCCUCUGGAGCCUCACUCGCCUGUCCUUGGCUCUUCCGGUGUGACACCGUCCCCCUACCCUCUAACCUCGGAGCACCUUAUUUUCUCUUCCAGGCAUUUGAACAUUCAGAGCUGAUUCUGUGACACUUCUUGUGACCUCCUAGUUUCACGGGUGCACUGAUCUGAGAACUCCUCAGUUGGGACUUACCACCUGCCAGUCCCUAUGCACCAUCCUGGCCAAUACCCAUGCAGGGGGGACCACUGCGUUGGCACCUACUGCUGGAGACGCGGUGCCUUCUUCCAGCUCAGAAAAUGCUGACUUCCGUCCAGGCUGUCGUGUUUGCAGGCCACCCACCUAGCUCUGGCCACCACGAGCAGGCUGCUGGGUGCCACAGUGGACUGCAGGUCACAGAGAGGGCGGCAUUUCAUUUUCAAGUGGCCUACAGUCUCCAGACUCCUGCUACUAUGCACAUGGCACCAGAGAGCUGCGUCCAGGCACGUCCAGCCCAGGGCUGUGGUGACCGGAGGACUGCCUCCCCCCAGAAACUGCUGACACCCAGCGCCUCUUCACGCAGUGCUGGCCACGUGGACAUGGAAAAGGGCCUGCAUGCUUCCCUGUCCAUCUGGAAGAUUAAGCUGCAAAGGCCUUUAUGUAGGCAGAGUCCCCUCAGAUUCAGGCAGUGGACAUGUCCAUAGUUUCUAGUUCACCACUUUCUCAACAUCUCGUGAUAAGCAGAGAUUUUAAAUUCUGAUGAGACCCAGUUUUAGUUUUCCCUGGGCGUGGGUUUCCUCCUGGGCUUCUCUGUGCGGCCUGUUGAAGACCCUGCCCAGGGCUCUCGCCCAAGUUCCUGUGAAUGCGCAUCUCACUAGAUCAGGACCCUUCUUGCGUGGUUUCUGUGGACGGACGGUCAAAGUUAAAUUUCCCCCAAGACACGCCCAGUUGCAUUCCCCGGGAUGUUCGGCCUCAGUCCAGAGCUUCCUCUCUCUUCUGCAGUCCAGAGGUGCCACCAGGGCUACAGACCCUCCAGGACGUCCCAUCUAUGAUCGCCAGCAAGAUCACGGGCCACCGUGGACACUGCAGAGGUCAGCGGCAGCUUGGCCUUUCCUGCCAGUCCUCACUGCAGGGCCGGCUGCUCUCUGUUAUUUCCAACCAGGAGCCGCCCAGGAUCCAUGGGGCUUGGCUGGGAAGCGGGACCCAGGUCACUCUUUGAGGGUUGUUCAGGGUUAUUUUUGCAGGAUGGCAGAGCAGGGCGGCCAGGAGCACUCCACUGGGCUUGUGUCAAGGCUCCUACACAAGUGAGUAGCGCUUAUCCAGGGGCAGCUGGGGCGGGCCCUUGGUCAGAUCCUGUUAAAACUCCCUUCUCCCUCCGACACCCGGGGUGGGGGAGGGGUCUGGUAUUGACCCCCAGAAGAUCCUGGCCUCCUAUGGUCAGGCCUCCCCCUGGACUCUCGCUUGAGGCCGGUUGGGACCUGAUGGCCUGCAAGACCAGAGCCCGUGUAUGCUUGGACAGAGAGCACCUUCAGAGCAAGGACCCAGUCCUGGUACAGGGAGCUCCUGCUGGGCUCCUGCUGGGCUGCCUCCAACAGUCCCCACUGCCCCAGAUGUGAAUCGUCUGCUGUAGCUAAUGGCUUCUCCAGUGGGAGUCGGUCCCCGCGACCCGCCCAGCCUCUGAGGCUGGUGGCCUCCCAGUGUCGACCCCGGGUCCUCCCCUCCUCGGUGCGCACCACAGCCCCUGGAGGAGAUUCUCAAUUUCAAAGGUGAUCUUUUGACCCAUGUGGCCUUUUCAGUUUCUAAAGGGUCCGUCAUUUGGCUUCAGAUUUCCUGAACUGCACAGUGGCCCAAGGGUGUGACCUAUGCGGCUCACCUCUGUAGCAGGUGUGCUUACUUUGAAGGUCACCGGCAGGGGCGUGGCCAGUGCUCAGAGCUCCAUGUGCACAGGUGGACGCUCCUCUGCUGGGUGUGUCCCUGGGGCAUCGGCCUCCACAUCCUGACCGAGGGGCCACGCUUCCAUCGGAGACCCAUAGGCAAGGAGAGCAGAGCCAGCCCCAGGCAAGGAAAAGGGGUCUUAAUGCGUAACAGGAGCAGAAGUCCAUGGGCCCCACCAACAGGCGACGGUCAGCACUUCACUACGGACACAGGGGCAUUUUAUGCCAACCACUUGGAGACCCAAGACGAAGCUCCUUGGCAAAUCUUGUCAAAAUGACAGAAAAAGAGAGCGAACACCUGGGCAGCCUCAUGCUGAGGAGGCUCUACACACCCUUCGGGAGACUGCCCAGGUGUGCGUGCACACUGGUGUGUUUUCCUUCUUUCAGAAUCUAAAAAAGGACAUGGCCACAGUGCUGACCCUCGUGGUGGGGCUGUAGGACAGCAGCCGUGGAGAAGCAGCUUCUGUUUUUCCUGCACACUUCAAAGGCACGUGAGCCCUCUGCUGCUGGCUCUGUAGAGGGCAGACUGACCCCGGUGUCCUCUGGCUCCUCCACGUCCCAGGCCCAGCCCUGUCAGGCCAUGCACCCCGACACCCUGGACUGCGAACCCCACGAGGGCCAGUCUCUGCACACGGGGCACUGGCUGGGUACCUGAGUAUGUGGCUGGCUCUGAGUGUGACAGGCAGAUAUGGAGACCCUGCAGACAAUCACCUCCUGGCUCAGAUGCUGCCAAGGUCUCUGGGCAGCCUGUUACCCAGCACUUCCUGAGGGGACACACCCAGCUGGCCUGGGCCUGUGGGUGAGCAGACUAUGCACUGCCCAGAGCCCAGGGGCUGUGCUCGCUCUGCCCUGCUACCUGUGUGCUCUGGCCUGCGGGCUCGCCCUCUUCUGUUUCUUACAACUGUGACUAAGUGACCCUCCAGAGGGACAGAUCUCAACUCUUGAGACCUAGCCACUGCCAGACCCAGCCAGCCUCUUCCAGGCGCAAAUACGGGGACCACGCCCCCUGAAGCUGGGUGUGGGGACCUGUCAGGGUCUCCCAAGUCCCCAGGGCUGCAGAGGUGAGAGGAAGAAGGAGCCACCAUGGCCACAGGCUCAGGCCCUCCUCCUGGAUCCUGGGCUCCUCCUCUGCCGUCUGCCUUGGAACCUCCACUCUAAAGGCGAAACCAUUCCAGGCAUGGGGAGAGAGUGACUGCAGAGACCUGGGGACCAGAGGCCACCUGGGCCAGAGGAGGAGGAGACCAGGGCCCUAGGGAAGUGCUGAAGUAGUGGAGCAACGCUGGCUCUGGCCAGUGUGUGGCCACAAACCUUGAGACCAGGCGACGAUGGGACGACGGACACACCACACUCUGAUUCUCAGGACUCUGUACAUGUUUCCAGGGGAAGAUUCACAGGGUCUUGAUGCAGACCACACCGAGCAGUACUCGAGACCUUUGUCCAACUGGCCGCCGGACUCCAGUCCUCUCCAGGGUGAUGAUGGCCACCUCUGCUUGAGACACAGGAGGCUACCACCCAGAGGCCAGGCCAGAUGUGGGAGGGAGAACGCUGGUUCCGCUGGGCCUGUGAAACAUCCUCCCUGCCACGGCACCUGGGAUCAGCCUGCCAUCAUCACGGCCAGUCUGUCCAUGCAGGUGAUGCCACCGCAGCCCCUGGCACCUUCAGGGGGCUUCUGCUCUCAGAGCUCGUUGUGCCGUGCCCUCGAGAUCCUGCUGGACAGGUCCUGCAGAUGCUUCUUUACCUACAAACAGGGACAUGAUCAGCUGGACUAGAAGGGCAGGAGUGCCACACCCAGGGUGACUGCGCACCCCAGGAGCACACUGAAGAGACGCCCGCGCCCUGCCCUCCUCAUCACACACUGUUCAGUUCAUGCCCCCAGGAAGCAGACCUUCCUGACAAGCAGAACAGGACUUCCCAGCGUCCACCUUGUUCUUAAAAGCUUGAGUGGGAGACGCUGUGGUGGGCUGCGUCUGCACGGAGGGUGAGCUCACCCUGGACCCACUGCUAUAGGGCUCUCAGGACCGUCCCCCGCCUCCAGGCCCAGGGCUCUGCACUUCGCACAGAUCCCCGCCUGCUGGCUGUCCCCUGCCACGGCUCAGCAUCAGUCCUGGCUGAAGGUCUCCUCUUGGCGUCCCCAGCACAACUGACGGCUGUGUGCUGGCAUUGAAGCCAGGGCCUUGCACACACCAGGCAAGUGCUUAUUGCUGAGUUACAUCCACAACCCACUUAGAGCCAGGGGCUCCCUGAAUUGCCCAGGCUGGCCCUGAACUUGGGAUCCUCCUGCCUCAGCCUCUGACACAGGUGUGCGCUGCCAGGCCUGGCUGGUGACAGGCUUUCCUAGCCAAGGCCGCACUGCCCUCUGUGGAAGGAAGGGAAGCCAGGACUGCACCUGGCAGGCGAGCCCUCCACCAACGCCUGCACUCAGAUGGCAGCAACGGGCACCGGCGACUGGGCGCCUGGCUCCUCCCCACUUAGGCCCCUCCUCCUGGCACUUCUGCAUGACUUAACUUCUCAGGCUUUGCCGAUUUUGAGGAGGAAGCACAGCCCUGUGGUUCAGACCCUGCAGGCAGUAAAAGGUCCCCUCCCAGCCUGAGCCCCACUCCCUGUGCAAAGUCUCUCCCAGUUUCGCGGGGCCUGGUGCUGGAUCCUCAGUGCCCAUACCACUUUGCGUCCCUGCUCACUGAGCUCGCCCAGGGUGUCCCGUGGGAAUGGCUCCUGGGGGAGGAAGGUGCCUGCUCUGUGGGUCCACCAAUGGUCCUCCAGCACCAUCCCAGUCUCGCCCCAGUGCGGCGAGAUUUGGACAGGACACAGCAGUGGCGGAUUUGGGUUGCACCAGCAAGGGCCUGCACUCUGUGGGCCAGGAGGCCAGGCUCCAUGCACGUGGGUUCCUGAGGCCUCUCAGGGCAGCUGCCCUGCAGCCCUGUAGGGGGUGGCCAUGUGGGUAGGGGCGGCCCUGUGUGGGCUGACAGGCACAGGCCAGGCGGCACCCACCUUGUAGCCCAGCUCCUGGGUCUUGCCCUGCAGCAGCGCGUGCCUCUCCCUGCUGCGGCUGAUGUGCUCGCUGUCGCCGAAGCUCUCCACGUGCUUCAGCUUCUGGUGUGAGACCUCCAGCUGCUUCUGGUAGUGGCUGUGCUUUUCGAUUUUGGCCUCAAAGUGCUUGAGCUCCUCCUGGAAGGUUUUGACACUCACUUUUCUCCAAUGUAACCCUGGGCACCUGAGGGCCUGUCUCUGGGCAAGGACGGUCUCACUGGGAGCCGGGUCAGCAGGAAGUGGCUCAGGCUGCUGUGGCCGGCAGUCAUGAAGCAGCAUGCUUGAGGGCAGCGUGGGCGGGAGUGGCCACGGUGCCACAGCUAAGGGUCUCCAAAGGAGAGGGAUGCCCCACCAGAGCCUGAUGGCCUCGAGGACCUCGGUGUCACCCUGGGACUCUGGUCCCCAUCUGCACUUUCUUCACUGCACUGACCCCAGGUCCCAUUUGCAGACUGACACCUGGUGCUUGAGCUCUUCCACGGUCGCCUCUGCGUAUGCCUUUCCCUCCCUCCCUGCAGCCCCCGACCCCUCCUGCACCAUCUUCCCAGAUCCUGGUCACCCUACCCAUCUUCAACUGGCCAAGGCCCUCUCCAGUUCUGUAGGGCCCACUGGCCCACUCCCCACGGGUGACCGACCCGACCCUCCCACGGAGGCUAAGGGCUCUUCCCCGGGCCGCGAGGGCGGGUGUGCAUGACCGCUCUCCCUGCUGGCAGUCAUCCCCCUUUGGGCCUAGCCACCCCACCCCAGGUGCACACACGGAACACGUCCUGAACACUCAGACGACACAGAGUCCCGUGGGCCCCCACAAUCCCCCAAAGCCCCCUGGUUCAGCACCAGCAGCCCUCCCAAAGGCCUGUCCCCCACCUCGGGUGACCUGCCAGCCUGCAGUGAGGAGUUGCUUAGCUUCCCAUGGCUCAAAGGAACCAGAGCCCCUUCCUUGGUGAGCAGCCUCUUACUGUCUCCUCUCUGGACACCUCGCCCCAUCCACCUCCCACAGCCCCUGUCCCACUGAAUACACCGGCCACCUCCCCUCUCAGUGCCCCAGUGGUCCUCUCCUCACAGCAUGGCCAGCCAGGCACAGACAUGGCUCAUCCUUGGCCAUGGGGCUGAGCUGGCUUGAGAGGCACGUUCAUGUGCACACAGCCCCACCUGGCCACCAACCAGGACUCAGGGCUGCAGAAGUCAGCAGGGGACGAGGGCCAGAGGGAGCAGGUGGGGACAGACAUACAAGUAUGCAGGCCCCGCCCUACACCAGAGCUGGACAGGAACUCAGGUGGACACACAGCGGGGCAGACAGCAGGGCCUCCUUACCCGGAAUGACUCCAGCUCUUUUUCCGUGAAGUUGGCAGACUGGGCCAGGUCCCACAGAUCAAUCACCCGGGGCUCCUCAAACUCUGCAGGAGAGCAGGAGCCAUGUGUCUUAGGGGCAGUGUGGCUGGGCCUACAGAGCCUGCUCAGCCCCAGGACACGUGUAUGUGACUGCCUGUUGUCAGCGCACAGCUGAGGCUUGGACACAACCACACGUAAGCCUGGGUACGCUCAGAGCAUUCCUGAGGCGCACUGGGCACCUAGUCUGUCACUCAAAGGACUGGCUGUGAUGUGGUCCCUGGUGAAGGGUACUUCUCCUGGGCUUAGAACCUGGGCUGCCCUGUCCAUGACUGGAACCACCUGGAUGCCUCUCAGAGGCAGUGUGGGUUGGGGGCUGUGCAGAAGUUACUUGGCAUUGGUCAGGGCUGUCCAUCAGAGACAGGUCCAGAGUAGGGGUUGGGUUGUUCACCUUUUUGCUCCUAAGCAGACCAGGUGGCUCCUUGACCUUGCUGGGCCCACGUGGGGAUACAGUGAAGCUGCCCAGCAUGGGUCACCAGCCUCUGCUCACCUGGCCUGCCUGUGAGCCACAUGGUGCCUGCUACUCCUCCUCCUGGCUGACCUUCCUGCCCAGGACCCGAGGGAGCCCUGGCUUGUGGGGAGAGGGCUGGAGGACAAAGUGCAAGGGCAGGAGAAACCAAGGAGCUGCCCGGACGCAGCUGCAUGAGGAGACAUUUGAGGGGGGUGUGGGGCAGGGGUCAGCAUCACCACCCACCAUGCCCACUGUGGCCAAGCCCUCUGGCUCCUAAUAACCCAGGAAUGGCAAAUCUGCCAGGUGGUAUUAUCACUUCCACAGGAGGCUGUGUCCAGGUGGGGAAGAGAUGGUGACACUCUUGCCCAAGGGCACGCAGGUGGCAGAAGUAGAACAAAACCAAGGGGAGCUGGGCCUGGCCUGCAGGACACAUGCGCCCUGUGCUGGGUGCCGCCUCUCGUCUUGAGAGGCCUUGCAGGUGGUGUCCCAGUGAAACCAAGCCCCUGUCCUGGGGUGGCAGACGCGGUGGGCAUGGAGGGAGCACAGGCUGUGCCUUGUAGAGCCUGCCACACUGGCAUGGGCCUGAGGCUCAGUGAGGCAGGGUCAAGGUGAACCAGGGUGGCUGACCCACUGCCCCCUGGCCCAAUAUGCACCAAGAGCAUGCAGGUGGGGGCAGACCCUGACUCAGGAAAGCUCAGACUGAUGGUCAACCAAUAGCACCGAUCCUUUCCAAGACCUGGUCAGCAGAACUUGGACCAACAGCACUGACCCAAUGCUCCGUAGAGCCCUAGAUGAGCACACCCAAGGGCCAGCCCACUUGUCCCUCGCCCUGUGGGAGAGCUGCCUCUUUUCUUCCCACUCCAAUAAAUCCCACAUCUUUGUA